AUGGUGAACGUUGCACGGAACGGUCGGUACAAAAAAGCCUUCUCGAAAACGCCGACAAUCAACCGGAUAACCAACGAUUACGAGACGGCAGCUACACCGCACUGGUGCGUUACUGCAACUCCGAUGCGGGCAGCACCUAGUAUAGUAAAGUACAUUUUCGUCUCCACUACGCGGGUGUCGUGCAAAACAGUGGCUGUUGGACUGGACGAGCGGAGGCUGUUUUCUCUUCCACGGCAGUUCCCGUGA